AUGAAGAAAUGUGAUAAUGAUAGAAUAGCUUAAUAAAUCUAUGCUAGCUAGAUGUUAAAGUUGUAGGGUAAAAUAUUAGAAAAGAAAUUGGCCAAAAAUAGUUCCAAGAAUUAAAUAGAAACCUAAUCAUAAAAUAUUUCUAAUAACAAUAGUCCUGCAGUUGGAAGAUAAAAGUCAUAUGAGAACCUUUAAAAAGUUAACAAAACCUUUAUUAAUUAACCACCUUCAUAGUAGAAAUUGGGAAGCAUUUUGAAUGUAAUCAGUGGUUCAUAACAAAUACACAAAUAAUAAAAGUAUUCCAUCAACAACGAAUUGAUUGAAACAGUCAAAAUAUCAAACUAAUUACGCAAAAAUUAAUCAAUGAUACAUAUUGAUUAAUAGUCUCCUGCUCUAACUAAAAAUUACUCAUUUCAUCAUUCAGUUAAAAAUAAAAUAAAUAGUAACAGUGUAUCUAGUGAUUAGUCUCAAAUUCAAAAAGUAAAGGAAAAAAUUAAAUUUUUAUUAUAAGAAAGGGAUUAAAAUUUACCUUAAGAUGCUAAAGAAUUGAAUUUUAUGACUAAAUUCAAUUAAAUUUUAAACUAAUUAGUAGUAACUUUGUUUCAAGAAUCUAAUUUAUAAAACUCAUAACCAUAGUUAAAUUUGCCAUCUUCAAGUUAAGAUACAUUCUAAGCUAUUUAGAUUGAUCAUUUUUUUAAAAGAUAAAUUUAAAUAUUGGAAUAAUCCUAUCAGGUGUAAUAAGAGAAAAAGAAAUUAGAAAAUACAUUAUUACAAGUAAAAAAGAAGUGUGAAGCAUUAAUGUAAGAAAACGAAUUACUAAAUGUUAAUUCAAUUUAAUAAAAUGAAUUAAUAGGAUAAAUGAAAUAAUAAAUUGAAAGUUUAAUAAAUAACAAAGAAAGCAUGCAAUCACAAUCAGAAACUUAAGAAUUGAAAUAUCUCAUAUAAGGAUAAUUCGAAGCAAUCUAAAAGUUAUUAUAAAGGGAACAAUUAAUGAAGGUGUUUUUAAAAAGAGUUGGAGAUAGUUCAAUAAUAGAAAUGUUCGAACAAUUUAUAUCUAAUGCUGAAAAUAUCAAUCCUGAUGAUACAGAUGGAAAUUUAAAUAUUGAUAUGUUACCAUAACAAAAAUAGAAAAGUUAAUACAAGAAUGUCAAAUAAAAAGAGUAGUUAUAAAUAACAGAUAAAAUUAUUCAAUAAUAUGAGAAAAGUUAUAAACAAUUAGAUUUAUGUGAUUCUCUGUUGGCUGAUGAUUCAAGAGUGAAUGAUUCAGAAGAGAGUAGUUUUGGUUACAUGGGGAAGGAAUAAGCAACAGAAGUUAGUUGUUACUUCACAUAAGCAUAGCAAUUCUAAGAAUAACCAUAUAUCAAGAAAGUGAAAUCCAAUAUCAAGGAUAAACUGAAGAUCAACAUGAUGGAUAUCCAACUAGCAUAAGCAGCUUAACGAUAAGAGUUUAUGAAAUAAGAGUAAGGACAAGUAAAUGAAAAGAUAUUACCUGAUGAUAUCAAUAAUGAAGAUUUUUGAUGUUUAUGUUUAUUAUUCUAU